AUAAUUGUCACUGAAUACACCUUUGCUUUCCUACUUUGACAAGUCAAAAAGUCUGCUGUCAAAGAGGGGACCGAAGUUCACCACGUUGUUGAAAUGAGCAUUUUUUCAUCAUGGAGCCCAGGAUUGGAUCUAAAAAUGGAAAGCUGUGGUCAAAGGAAACAACAAAGUCUUCUCUCCACCAGACACAACACAAGUUCAGCAGAAUGAUGAGUGAUGACAAUCGAGACACAUUUAGAAAUGUCAACAGAAAGCCAGGCCUGCAGAUAUGGACCAUCAAUAACAUGCAGAUGGUGCCUGUUCCAGCCCAAGGCUUUGGUAACUUCUUUGAGGGAGACUGUUACAUUGUUCUUUAUAUAAGUCAGAAUAAGGCGGGCUCAGGCCAGUCAGCUGACAUCCACUACUGGAUAGGAAACUCCUCCUCUCAGGACGAGCAAGGUGCAGCUGCCAUCUACGUAACCCAGCUGGACGAGCACCUGGGAGGGAGUCCGGUGCAGCACAGGGAGGUGCAGGGGAAUGAGUCACCACGGUUCAGGGGCUACUUCAAAAAUGGCCUCAUCUACAAGAAGGGUGGAGUGGCCUCAGGUUUUCACCAUGUUGACACAAACGUCUACAACGUCCUGCGACUGCUGCACGUCAAAGGCAGGAAGCAUGUCACAGCGACGGAGGUGGAGGUGUCGUGGAACAGCUUUAACAAUGGAGAUAUAUUCCUGCUGGAUAUGGGGAAAGCCAUAGUGCAGUGGAACGGCCCCCAGAGCAACAGGAGAGAGAAACUCAAGGCAGUCUUGUUGGCUCAGGACAUUCGGGACAGAGAGAGAGGAGGUCGAGCUCAGAUUGGUCUGGUGGAGGGCGGGGAUGAGCAGGACUCCCCUGAGCUCAUGAAAGUCAUGACGGCAGUGCUCGGCCAAAGAACCGGGCAGCUGAAGGAGGCCGUUCCUGAUGACAAACCUAACAAGGCACAGAGCACCAACGUCAGGCUCUACCAUGUUUUUGAAAAUAGCGGGAACCUUGUGGUUCAAGAAGUGGCCACGCAGCCUCUGACGCAGGAUCUGCUGCACUCCUCUGACUGUUACAUCGUGGACCAGAGAGGCUCCAGUGUGAUGGUGUGGAAAGGCAAACAGGCCUCCAAGGAAGAGCGGCGAGAAGCCCUCAACAGGGCAGUGGGCUACAUCAAAGCCAAGAACUACCCAUCCAACACCAGUGUGGAGGUGAUGACUGAGGGAGGAGAGUCAGCAAUGUUCAAACACUUGUUCAAAUCCUGGAGAGAUAAAGGGCAAACUCAGGGUCUUGGUACCACCUACAGCCCAGGAAAAAUAGCCAAAGUAGACCAAGUGAAGUUUGAUGUGAUGGAGCUCCACGCGCGUCCUGAGCUGGCAGCACAGCAGCGUAUGGUGGAUGACGCCUCUGGAGAUGUUAAGGUGUGGCGUAUUGAGAAUUUGGAGCUGGCUGAAGUUAAUCCAAGUACUUAUGGACAGUUUUAUGGAGGAGACUGCUACCUGGUGCUGUACACAUAUCAAAGAUCAGGCCAGCAGCAGUACAUCGUCUACAUGUGGCAGGGCCGUCAUGCCACUAAAGAUGAGAUCACAGCUUGUGCUUACCAGGCUGUUAAUGUUGAUAACAAGUACAAUGGAGCCCCUGUCCAGGUCAGGGUGGUCAUGGGAAAGGAGCCUCGCCAUUUCCUGGCUAUUUUCAAAGGCAAACUCAUCAUCUUCGAGGGGGGUACAGGCCGACCAGGUGUGGUCAGCCCUGACGGAGGUGCGAGGCUCUUCCAGGUCAAAGGGACUAAUGAGCUGAACACCAAGGCCACUGAAGUGCUGGCGAGGGCCUCGUCUCUCAACACCAAUGAUGUUUUCCUGCUGAAGACCGACCAUAUAUGUUACCUGUGGUAUGGAAAGGGCUGCAGCGGGGAUGAGAGGGUGAUGGGGAGAGCGAUGUCUGAUGUGCUGUCCAAGCAGGACAAGCAGGUGGUGAUGGAGGGCCAAGAGCCAUCUGAAUUUUGGGUAGCUCUGGGAGGAAAGGCUCCCUAUGCUAGUGACAAGAGACUGCAGAGGGAGGAGCCUCCUCACAGUCCCCGCCUGUUCGAGUGCUCCAAUCAGACAGGUCAGUUCAGAAUGACCGAGGUGGACGACUUUGCCCAGAGCGACUUGGACGAGGAGGAUGUCAUGCUGCUGGACACCUGGGAGGAGAUUUUCUUGUGGGUUGGAAACUCAGCUAACCAGUACGAGACUAAAGAGGCGUGGAACAGCGCGCAGGAAUACCUGAAGACCCACCCUGCAGGCCGUGACCCCGACACACCCAUCAUCUUUGUCAAACAGGGAUACGAACCGCCCACCUUCACCGGCUGGUUCAAUGCAUGGGAUCCUCAUAAGUGGAGCGGAGGAAACUCCUAUGAGGAGAUGAAAAAAAAGCUGAGUGAUCCAGCAUCUCUCUCACAGAUCACUGUAGAUCUGAACAACACUAGUCUCAGUAAGAGUCCUGCAGGGAUUGGUGGGGGUGGUUACCAGGCUCCAGGAGGCCCCAUGAGCUCCCCUCCAGUCUACAGGUUUCACGGAGGCGAUUUGUCCCCCAGACCCUCUACUCCCACCAGCCCAUCUACUCAGAGAACAUCCAUGACCGUGUCCCCCUCCUCUAGCUUCACGCCAUCGUCCUCAGCUGGUGGCACGGUGUCCCCCUCUGCUGGAGGCUCUGGGAUGUAUCUGGACCCAGAGCUCCUCAUCAAUAAGUCUCCCAGUGAGCUGCCGCAGGGAGUGGACCCCAGCCAAAGAGAGGACUACCUGUCUGAUGUGGACUUUGAGAACCUGCUGGGAACGAGUCGCUCAGACUUCAAGCGUCUGCCAAAGUGGAGGCAGAGUGACCUGAAGAAAAAGGCAGGAAUCUUCUGAAAAACAUUCGCUUUUUUUUUGGAUAACAUUAAAACGUGGUCAAGCUUGCCUCACUGUAAUGAAGAGAAACUUGUGGAGCAAAUAAGGCGACAUUUGAGCUGUUAGUUGGAAGACGGGAUUGCGAGAUGCCGUGAUCAUUUCACAUAAAUACUGUUUUUUUUUUUACUUUCUGACAAUAUUUUUUAACCAUCAACCAAGUAACUGAUUAAAAAUGUCAACUGGAAUAAGCUUAUUAAAAUGAUUGUGCUAAAAUAAAUCAGGGACAUGAUUUACACUUUAAAUUAAGAUUAUUUUAAAUUGAUAUGCUUUAUAUUUAUCUAUAUUUUUCAAUGUUUUAUGCUGAUUGUUCUAUGAUUGACUUUUCUCAGGAUGUUAUUAUCAUUGGCUGAAUCACUCAUACUAUGAAUAAA